GAUUUGCUUCCAAGCAAUGCGUUUUUCAGCAAUAGUCUCAGGUUCGAAACUCCCUAAUUGGAUUCUGAGAAUCAAAGAAUCAUCAGCUAAUGGAAAAUGGCAAGAAGUCGUUUCCCACUACCAUGAAAUAAAAAAAGCAGGAAUUCAAACUGUAGAUGUUUCAGUGUUUCCUCCCAUUCUCAAAGCAUGGUCAUUCCUGUCUCACAGGCAUGGAAAGUCCCUUCAUGCUUGUUUGAUCAAGCAAGGAUUUGACUCGUUCACUUCCAUUGGGAAUUCCAUCAUGGGUUUUUACAUUAGAUGUGGGGACUUUGACAUUGCUGUGGAUGUUUUUAAUUCCAUGAGAAGAAGCAGAGAUUCAGUUUCUUGGAAUAUUUUGAUUCACGGGCACCUUGAUAACGGUGCCUUAGUGGCAGGAUUGUGGUGGUUUACUAAUGCUAGGGUUGCUGGGUUUGAACCCAAUAUUUCCACGAUGGUGCUUGUAAUCCAGGCGUGUCGCAUUCUUGGAACUAAGCAUGAUGGGCUCAUACUACAUGGUUAUUUAAUCAAAAGUGGCUUUUGGGCUAUUUCUUCAGUUCAAAAUUCUUUAUUGAGCAUGUACGUGGAUGCUGACAUGGAGUGUGCAAGAGAGCUGUUUGAUGAAAUGCAUGAGAAAGAUGUUAUCGCUUGGAGUGUGAUGAUUGGUGGCUAUUUGCAGUGGGAGGAACCUCAGGUUGGGUUGCAGAUGUUUAGGAAGAUGGUGUUGGUACCUGGGAUUGAACCAGAUGGAGUAGUUAUGGUCAGUGUUCUUAAAGCUUGUGCUAGUUCAAGAGACGUUUGUACUGGGAGAUUGGUGCAUGGGCUGGUGAUUCAUAGAGGUUUUGAUUGUGAUUUGUUUGUUGAGAACUCUCUGAUUGAUAUGUAUUCAAAAUGUAAGGAUGCUGGUUCUGCAUUUAAGGUUUUCAAUGAGAUAUCUCAAAGGAACAACGUCUCGUGGAAUUCUAUGCUAUCCGGAUUUGUCCUCAAUGAAAACUAUUCAGAAGCUCAGUCGUUGAUUUCUUCAAUGAGGAAGGAAAGAGUUGAGACAGAUGAAGUAACUCUAGUGAAUAUUCUUCAAAUCUGCAAGUAUUUUGUGCACCCAUUUCACUGCAAGUCGAUCCAUUGUGUGAUGAUCCGUAGGGGCAGUGAAGCAAAUGAAUUGGUGCUAAGUGCACUGAUUGAUGCUUAUGCGAAGUGCUAUCUUAUUGAAAUAGCAUGGGAAGUCUUUGCGAGGAUGAGGAGAAGAGACGUUGUUUCAUGGAGCACAAUGAUUUCUGGGUUUGCUCAUUGUGGCAAGCCUGAUGAAGCUAUAGCUGUCUACCAAGAGAUGGACAGAGACCUUGUAAAGCCUAAUGUCAUUACCAUCAUAAAUCUUCUUGAGGCAUGUUCUGUUACAGCUGAACUAAAGAGAUCAAAGUGGGCACAUGGAGUUGCAAUUAGACAAGGCUUUGCAUCAGAGGUGACAGUUGGAACUGCAGUUGUUGACAUGUACUCAAAAUGUGGAGAAAUUUUGGCCUCAAGAAGGGCCUUCGAUCAACUCGCUUUGAAAAAUAUAGUAACUUGGAGUGCCAUGAUUGCUGCAUAUGGUAUGAAUGGUCUUGCUCAUGAAGCUUUGGCUUUGUUUGCUGAAAUGAAAAGGCAUGGUUUAAAGCCAAACCCUGUGACCACUCUCUCAGUGCUGGCUGCCUGUAGUCAUGGUGGAUUGGUCGAGGAAGGGCUCUCCCUUUUCAAAUCAAUGGUUCAAGAACUCGGGUUGGAGCCUGGGUUUGAACACUACUCAUGCAUGGUUGACAUGCUAGGUCGAGCAGGAAAGCUUGACACUGCAAUAGAAGUGAUCAAGGCGAUGCCUCAUAAUCUAAAGAAUGGUGCAAGCAUUUGGGGAUCACUUUUAAGUGCCUGUAGAAGCUACGGCCUGACCGAGCUCGGCAAAGAAGCCAUCUCCCGUGUUCUUGAGUUGGAGCCUUCGAACUCAGCAGGCUAUUUAGUAGCAUCAAGCAUGUAUGCAGCUGAUGGUCUGUGGGAUGAUGCAGCAAGGAUAAGAGUAUUAGCAAAGGAGAAGGGAGUGAAGGUUGUUGCUGGAUACAGCUUAGUACACAUUGAUAACAAGGCAUGUAGGUUUGUUGCUGGAGACGGGUCUCAUCCACGAUCAGAUGAGAUAUUCUCCAUGGCUCAACAGCUACAUGAUUGUAUCAAGAUUGACGAAAAAAAAGAAGGAAAUACAUGGCUAGCAGUCAUUGAAUGCUUAACCUAGUAGUAUUAGUAGCACAUGACUCCAUUAGGAAGGGGUAGUUUGAAUUAAGUGAAUCGAAGAUGUACUAAGUUGACAAGACAAAGAUUAACAAGUUGGCUAAGUUUCGUGUGGAUUACAUAUUGCAAAUAAUUAACUUCAUAUUUAAAUGGAAUUUGAUCAGAUUCUUUGCUUCA